AUGGCCGACCGCGAUUCAGAAACAAAUGAGAACGAUGCCAACGACGGCCCCCACGACGGAGUCGAGACCGUCCUCAGCAACCUGUUCAGUUUACAGGAUGACAGUGAACGCGGCAGUGGUCAGCGUUCACUGCGCCUGGAUGGACUUACUCUCCGAGAUCUAUCAAGGCUGUUGUCUGGUGGCAAUAUGCUACGUGGUUCGGGGAGAGUUAGGUACCAUAUGUUCGACGAUGAUGAUGACGACGAAGACGAUGUGGACGACGAUGAUUAUGAAGAUGCAGACGAGUUCGGUUCUCGACGGAGGGCGUCUCACCAGUGGUACCCACCCCACGAGGAACCCCAGGAGGCUGGCGAACACCUAUUGAUGGGUGGUGACUUCGGGCCCAUCGCGAAUAAAAUAGCGUCCCGGCGAACCCUCAACAAAAACAUAGCCCAGCAAAUCCGUAAUCGUCAUUUUAAUUCUCGGCCCCUGCACUCAAGGGAGACAUUCUCUCGCGAUCUGGUGCCAAAUUCCACGGGCACAGUAGUGGCCACCUUCGACGCUAAUGUUUACACUGCUCAGUUCUCUGAGGAUUCCUCGUUUUUCUAUACUUGCGCCCAGGACUUCAAGCUCCAUGUAUUUGAUACAACUGCCAUGCCCAAUAACAUAGGCGGGGGUUUGCCCGCCCGCAGCGCAGAUCCUGGCCUCCAGACCACCCUGCGGGUGAAGAAGAGCGUACAAGGACACCCAGGACGAUGGACGAUUACGGAUGCGAAUCUCUCUCCAGAUAAUGAGAGGUUGAUUUAUGCCUCAAUAGCACCUACCGUAUACAUGACAAAUAUCCAAGAUGAAUCGUCCGCCCAAAUACCGAUAUCAUUCUCUGAUCCUAGGCCUGGAAGGAGGGAUACCUAUUAUUCCGACGAUCAUUUCGGUAUCUGGAGCUGUAGGUUCUCGGCAGACGGAAAUGAAGUUAUUGCCGGGGGCAAUGGUUAUAUUUUUGUAUACGAUCUUUUAGCGAACAGGCGAACGGUCAAAAUAUACGCCCACGACGACGAUGUGAACAGCUGUUGUUGGGCUGAUACCGCAUCUGGGAAUGUGCUUGUCAGUGCCUCUGACGAUACAUACUUGAAGGUCUGGGAUCGACGGUCUCUUGGAUCUUCACAGAAGCCAUCAGGUGUUCUAGUUGGACAUACUGAAGGCAUCACCUACGUUUCUGCAAAGGGCGACGGACGAUAUGUUAUCUCCAACGGAAAAGACCAAGCCCUGCGCCUGUGGGAUCUACGCAAAAUGCGCACGAGUGAAGAGUUCGACCGUAUAGGUAGGAACGAAUUCAGCGCACCCCAAUUCGACUACCGGUAUCCCAAUUAUCCCAAGCCUCGGCGGGCGGCACAUCCCAAGGACUGUAGUGUAAUGACAUAUCGUGGUCACUCUGUGCUGAGGACUCUUAUUCGAUGUCAUUUCAGCCCUUCGGAAACAACUGGUGGCCAGUAUAUAUACUCCGGCUCGGCGGACGGAAGAAUACAUAUUUGGUCAUUGGAUGGGACUAUAGUUCAAGUGCUUGAUCGCACCUCUACGUACCCCAUCACCUUUGACCCAUCUGAGCCCGAGCUUGGGCGUCCCAAGGGAAACCACAGUAUCUGUGUGCGCGACGUAAGUUGGCACAGCCAUGAACCAGUGUUGAUGAGUGCUGGGUGGGAUGGAGGCCGAGGUGGCAGUAGCCUUGCCCGGCAUGAGUGGAAAGGCAUGUCAAAACUGAGGCGCUUGGAGGAUGCUGUGGAGAAGGAACGACAAGAGUCCGCCUCAUCACCGUCUCGGCGCCGUUCGAAUCGACUGUCGACGUCGGUGAGAGGAAGCUCGCAACGAAACAUUCCUGGCGCAUUUGUAGAUCUCGACGACGAUCUGUUUUAA